AGGCGGCCGCGACGGCGCUGGGUAAAAUGGCAGUGCUGAGCCUCGUGUCGGAGUGAGGGGGACUCGGAGGAGAGUGGGGCGCUCUAGCCGCUCAGUCCGGCCGCCCGCCCGCUCGCUCGCCCGCUGCCGCGCAGCAGCCUCAGCUCGCGCCGCGGCCGGGGAGGGGAGGCAGGGCGCCCGGCCCAGUCCGCGCUCCGACUCUGCCUCCCGGCGCCCGGGCUGCUGCCGCGCGCCCUCCAGCCCGCCCGUCCCGGGUCCCCCUCCCCCCGCUCCCUCCCUCCCUCCCUCCCCGCCCCCUCCCCCUCGCCUCCCUCCCUCCCUCCCUCCUCCUUUCUCCGGCAGCAGAAAGCGGAGAGUCACAGCGGGGCCAGGCCCUGGGGAGCGGAGCCUCCACCGCCCCCCUCAUUCCCAGGCAAGGGCUUGGGGGGAAUGAGCCGGGAGAGCCGGGUCCCGAGCCUACAGAGCCGGGAGCAGCUGAGCCGCCGGCGCCUCGGCCGCCGCCGCCUCCUCCUCCUCCGCCGCCGCCAGCCCGGAGCCUGAGCCGGCGGGGCGGGGGGGAGAGGAGCGAGCGAGCGAGCGCCGCGCAGCAGCGGAGCCCCGCGAGGCCCGCCCGGGCGGGUGGGGAGGGCAGCCCGGGGGACUCGGCCCCGGGGCGGGGUGGGAGGGGGGGAGAAGACGAAGACAGGGCCGGGUCUCUCCGCGGACGAGACAGCGGGGAUCAUGGCCGCGCAGGUCGCCCCCGCCGCCGCCAGCAGCCUGGGCAACCCGCCGCCGCCGCCCUCGGAGCUGAAGAAAGCGGAGCAGCAGCAGCGGGAGGAGGCGGGGGGCGAGGCGGCGGCGGCGGCAGCGGCCGAGCGCGGGGAAAUGAAGGCAGCCGCCGGGCAGGAAAGCGAGGGCCCCGCCGUGGGGCCGCCGCAGCCGCUGGGAAAGGAGCUGCAGGACGGGGCCGAGAGCAAUGGGGGUGGCGGCGGCGGCGGAGCCGGCGCCGGCGGCGGGCCCGGCGCGGAGCCGGACCUGAAGAACUCGAACGGGAACGCGGGCCCUAGGCCCGCCCUGAACAAUAACCUCACGGAGCCGCCCGGCGGCGGCGGCGGCGGCAGCAGCGAUGGGGUGGGGGCGCCUCCUCACUCAGCCGCGGCCGCCCUGCCGCCCCCAGCCUACGGCUUCGGGCAACCCUACGGCCGGAGCCCGUCUGCCGUCGCCGCCGCGGCGGCCGCCGUCUUCCACCAACAACAUGGCGGACAACAAAGCCCUGGCCUGGCAGCGCUGCAGAGCGGCGGCGGCGGCGGGGGCCUGGAGCCCUACGCGGGGCCCCAGCAGAACUCGCACGACCACGGCUUCCCCAACCACCAGUACAACUCCUACUACCCCAACCGCAGCGCCUACCCCCCGCCCCCCCAGGCCUACGCGCUGAGCUCCCCGAGAGGUGGCACUCCGGGCUCCGGCGCGGCGGCGGCCGCAGGCUCCAAGCCGCCUCCCUCCUCCAGCGCCUCCGCCUCCUCGUCGUCUUCGUCCUUCGCUCAGCAGCGCUUCGGGGCCAUGGGGGGAGGCGGCCCCUCAGCGGCCGGCGGGGGAACCCCCCAGCCCACCGCCACCCCCACCCUCAACCAACUGCUCACGUCGCCCAGCUCGGCCCGGGGCUACCAGGGCUACCCCGGGGGCGACUACGGCGGCGGGCCCCAGGACGGGGGCGCCGGCAAGGGCCCGGCGGACAUGGCCUCGCAGUGCUGGGGGGCUGCGGCGGCAGCAGCGGCGGCGGCAGCAGCCGCCUCGGGAGGGGCCCAACAAAGGAGCCACCACGCGCCCAUGAGCCCCGGGAGCAGCGGCGGCGGGGGGCAGCCGCUCGCCCGGACCCCGCAGCCAUCCAGUCCAAUGGAUCAGAUGGGCAAGAUGAGACCUCAGCCAUAUGGCGGGACUAACCCAUACUCGCAACAACAGGGACCUUCAUCAGGACCGCAGCAAGGACAUGGGUACCCAGGGCAGCCAUAUGGGUCCCAGACCCCGCAGCGGUACCCGAUGGCCAUGCAGGGCCGGGCGCAGAGUACCAUGGGCGGCCUCUCUUAUGCACAGCAGAUUCCUCCUUACGGACAACAAGGCCCCAGUGGGUAUGGUCAACAGGGCCAGACUCCAUAUUACAACCAGCAAAGUCCUCACCCCCAGCAGCAGCAGCCACCCUACUCCCAGCAGCCACCAUCCCAGAACCCUCACGCCCAGCCUUCCUAUCAGCAGCAGCCGCAGUCUCAGCCGCCACAGCUCCCGUCUUCUCAGCCUCCCUAUUCCCAGCAGCCAUCCCAGCCUCCACAUCAGCAGUCCCCGACUCCGUACCCCUCGCAGCAAUCCACGACGCAGCAGCACCCCCAGAGCCAGCCCCCCUACUCACAGCCACAGGCACAGUCUCCCUACCAGCAGCAGCAACCUCAGCAGCCAGCCUCCUCGACGCUCUCCCAGCAGGCUGCAUACCCUCAGCCCCAGUCUCAGCAGUCCCAGCAAACUGCCUAUUCCCAGCAGCGCUUCCCUCCACCGCAGGAGUUAUCUCAAGAUUCAUUUGGGUCUCAGGCAUCCUCAGCCCCCUCAAUGACCUCCAGUAAGGGAGGGCAAGAAGAUAUGAACUUGAGUCUUCAGUCAAGACCCUCAAGCUUGCCUGAUCUGUCUGGUUCAAUAGACGAUCUCCCCAUGGGGACAGAAGGAGCUCUGAGCCCUGGAGUGAGCACAUCAGGGAUUUCCAGCAGCCAAGGAGAGCAGAGUAAUCCAGCUCAGUCUCCUUUCUCUCCUCAUACUUCCCCUCACCUGCCUGGCAUCCGAGGCCCCUCCCCGUCCCCUGUUGGCUCUCCCGCCAGUGUUGCCCAGUCUCGCUCAGGACCACUCUCGCCUGCUGCAGUGCCAGGCAACCAGAUGCCACCUCGGCCACCCAGUGGCCAGUCGGACAGCAUCAUGCAUCCUUCCAUGAAUCAGUCGAGCAUUGCUCAAGAUCGAGGUUACAUGCAGAGGAACCCCCAGAUGCCCCAGUACAGUUCCCCCCAGCCCGGCUCGGCCUUAUCUCCGCGUCAGCCUUCGGGUGGACAGAUGCACACAGGCAUGGGCUCCUACCAGCAGAACUCCAUGGGGAGCUAUGGUCCCCAGGGGAGUCAGUACGGCCCACAGGGAGGCUACCCCAGGCAGCCAAACUAUAAUGCCUUGCCCAAUGCUAACUACCCCAGUGCAGGCAUGGCUGGAAGCAUGAACCCUAUGGGUGCUGGAGGUCAGAUGCAUGGGCAACCUGGCAUCCCACCUUAUGGCACACUCCCUCCAGGGAGAAUGAGUCAUGCCUCCAUGGGCAACCGGCCUUAUGGCCCUAACAUGGCCAAUAUGCCACCUCAGGUUGGGUCAGGGAUGUGUCCCCCACCAGGGGGCAUGAACCGGAAAACUCAAGAAACUGCUGUCGCCAUGCAUGUUGCUGCCAACUCUAUCCAAAACAGGCCACCAGGCUACCCCAAUAUGAAUCAGGGAGGCAUGAUGGGAACAGGACCUCCCUAUGGGCAAGGGAUUAAUAGUAUGGCUGGCAUGAUCAACCCUCAGGGACCCCCGUAUCCCAUGGGUGGAACCAUGGCCAACAAUUCAGCAGGGAUGGCAGCCAGCCCAGAGAUGAUGGGCCUUGGGGACGUCAAGUUAACUCCAGCCACCAAAAUGAACAACAAGGCAGAUGGGACACCCAAGACAGAAUCCAAAUCCAAGAAAUCCAGUUCUUCUACUACAACCAAUGAGAAGAUCACCAAGUUGUAUGAGCUGGGUGGUGAGCCUGAGAGGAAGAUGUGGGUGGACCGUUAUCUGGCCUUCACGGAGGAGAAGGCCAUGGGCAUGACAAAUCUGCCUGCUGUGGGUAGGAAACCUCUGGACCUCUAUCGCCUCUAUGUGUCUGUGAAGGAGAUUGGUGGAUUGACUCAGGUCAACAAGAAUAAAAAAUGGCGGGAACUUGCGACCAACCUCAAUGUGGGCACCUCAAGCAGCGCUGCCAGCUCCCUGAAAAAGCAGUACAUCCAGUGUCUCUAUGCCUUUGAGUGCAAGAUUGAACGGGGGGAAGACCCUCCCCCAGACAUCUUCGCAGCUGCUGAUUCCAAGAAGUCCCAGCCCAAGAUCCAGCCUCCCUCUCCUGCGGGAUCUGGGUCUAUGCAGGGGCCACAGACACCUCAGUCAACCAGCAGUUCCAUGGCAGAAGGAGGAGACCUGAAGCCACCAACUCCAGCAUCCACACCACACAGUCAGAUCCCCCCCUUGCCAGGCAUGAGCAGGAGCAAUUCGGUUGGGAUCCAGGAUGCCUUUCCUGAUGGAAGUGACCCCACAUUCCAGAAGCGGAAUUCCAUGACUCCAAACCCUGGGUACCAGCCCAGUAUGAAUACCUCUGACAUGAUGGGGCGCAUGUCCUACGAGCCAAAUAAGGAUCCUUAUGGCAGCAUGAGGAAAGCUCCAGGGAGUGAUCCCUUCAUGUCCUCAGGGCAGGGCCCCAAUGGCGGAAUGGGAGACCCCUACAGCCGAGCUGCCGGCCCUGGGCUGGGAAAUGUGGCGAUGGGACCUCGACAGCACUAUCCCUAUGGAGGUCCUUAUGACAGAGUGAGGACGGAGCCUGGAAUAGGACCCGAGGGAAACAUGGGCACUGGAGCCCCACAGCCGAAUCUCAUGCCUUCCAACCCAGACUCGGGGAUGUAUUCUCCUAGCCGCUACCCCCCGCAGCAGCAGCAGCAGCAACAACGACAUGAUUCCUAUGGCAAUCAGUUCUCCACUCAAGGCACCCCUUCCGGCAGCCCCUUCCCCAGCCAGCAGACCACAAUGUAUCAGCAGCAGCAGCAGAAUUACAAGCGGCCGAUGGAUGGCACGUACGGCCCUCCUGCCAAGCGGCACGAAGGGGAGAUGUACAGCGUGCCGUACAGCACGGGGCAGGGGCAGCCCCAACAGCAGCAGUUGCCCCCAGCCCAGCCCCAGCCUGCCAGCCAGCAGCAAGCUGCCCAGCCUUCCCCUCAGCAAGAUGUGUACAACCAGUAUGGCAACACUUACCCCGCCACUGCCGCUGCUGCUACUGAGCGCCGACCAGCAGGCGGCCCCCAGAACCAGUUUCCAUUCCAGUUUGGCCGAGACCGUGUCUCUGCACCCCCCGGCUCCAAUGCCCAGCAGAACAUGCCACCGCAAAUGAUGGGCGGCCCCAUACAGGCAUCGGCUGAGGUUACUCAGCAAGGCACCAUGUGGCAAGGGCGUAAUGACAUGACCUACAAUUACGCCAACAGGCAGAGCACUGGCUCUGCCCCCCAGGGCCCCGCCUAUCAUGGUGUGAACCGAACAGAUGAAAUGCUGCACACGGAUCAGAGGGCCAACCAUGAAGGCCCGUGGCCUUCCCAUGGCACACGUCAGCCCCCAUAUGGUCCCUCUGCCCCCGUGCCCCCCAUGACAAGGCCCCCUCCAUCCAACUACCAGCCCCCGCCAAGCAUGCAGAAUCACAUUCCUCAGGUAUCCAGCCCCGCUCCCCUGCCCCGGCCAAUGGAGAACCGCACCUCCCCUAGCAAGUCUCCAUUCCUGCACUCUGGGAUGAAGAUGCAAAAGGCAGGUCCCCCAGUGCCUGCCUCGCACAUAGCACCUGCCCCUGUGCAGCCACCCAUGAUUCGGCGGGACAUCACCUUCCCACCUGGCUCUGUGGAAGCAACACAGCCUGUGUUGAAGCAGAGGAGGCGGCUCACAAUGAAAGACAUUGGAACCCCGGAGGCAUGGCGGGUAAUGAUGUCCCUCAAGUCUGGGCUGCUGGCAGAGAGCACAUGGGCAUUAGACACCAUUAACAUCCUGCUGUAUGACGACAACAGCAUCAUGACCUUCAACCUCAGUCAGCUCCCAGGGUUGCUAGAGCUCCUCGUGGAAUAUUUCCGGCGUUGCCUCAUCGAGAUCUUUGGUAUUUUAAAGGAGUAUGAGGUGGGUGACCCAGGACAGAGAACACUACUGGACCCUGGGAGAUUCAGCAAGGCGUCUAGUCCAGCCCCUAUGGAGGGGGAGGAGGAGGAAGACCUUCUAGGUCCUAAACUAGAGGAGGAAGAAGAGGAGGAAGUAGUGGAAAAUGAUGAGGAGAUGGCCUUUUCGAGCAAGGACAAGGUGGCCUCGGAGAGUAGUGAGGAGAAACUGGUUAGCAAGUUUGACAAGCUCCCGGUAAAGAUCGUGCAGAAGAAUGACCCGUUUGUGGUGGACUGCUCAGAUAAGCUUGGGCGUGUGCAGGAGUUUGACAGUGGCCUGCUGCACUGGCGGAUUGGUGGGGGGGACACCACUGAGCAUAUCCAGACCCACUUUGAGAGCAAGACGGAGCUGCUGCCUACCCGGCCUCAUGCGCCCUGCCCACCAGUCACCCGGAAACACGUCACGGCGGCAGAGGGGACACCAGGGACAACAGAACAGGAGGGCCCCCCACCCGAUGGCGCUCCAGAGAAACGGAUCACAGCCACAAUGGAUGACAUGUUGUCCACCCGGUCUAGCACAUUGAGCGAGGAGGGAGCUAAGAGUGCAGAGGCCACCAAGGAGAGCAGCAAGUUUCCGUUUGGCAUCAGCCCGGCACAGAGCCACCGGAACAUCAAGAUCCUAGAGGACGAGCCCCACAGUAAAGAUGAGACCCCACUGUGUACCCUUCUGGACUGGCAGGAUUCCCUCGCCAAGCGCUGUGUCUGUGUCUCCAACACCAUCCGAAGCCUGUCGUUCGUGCCAGGCAACGACUUUGAGAUGUCCAAACACCCGGGGCUGCUGCUGAUCCUGGGCAAGCUGAUCCUUCUGCACCACAAGCACCCAGAGCGGAAGCAGGCACCACUGACUUACGAGAAGGAGGAGGAGCAGGACCAAGGGGUGAGCUGCAACAAGGUGGAGUGGUGGUGGGACUGCUUGGAGAUGCUCCGGGAAAACACCUUGGUCACACUCGCCAACAUCUCGGGGCAGUUGGACCUCUCCCCAUACCCUGAGAGCAUUUGCCUGCCUGUCCUGGACGGACUCCUACACUGGGCGGUCUGCCCUUCCGCCGAAGCCCAGGACCCCUUCUCCACCCUGGGCCCCAACGCCGUCCUCUCCCCGCAGAGACUGGUCUUGGAAACCCUCAGCAAACUCAGCAUCCAGGACAACAAUGUGGACCUGAUCCUGGCCACUCCCCCCUUCAGCCGCCUGGAGAAGUUGUAUAGCACCAUGGUGCGCUUCCUCAGUGACCGAAAGAACCCGGUGUGCCGGGAGAUGGCCGUGGUACUGCUGGCCAAUCUGGCGCAGGGCGACAGCCUGGCGGCCCGUGCCAUCGCAGUGCAGAAGGGCAGCAUCGGCAACCUCCUGGGCUUCCUGGAGGACAGCCUCGCCGCCACACAGUUCCAGCAGAGCCAGGCCAGCCUGCUCCACAUGCAGAACCCGCCCUUCGAGCCAACCAGCGUGGACAUGAUGCGGCGGGCUGCCCGCGCGCUGCUGGCCCUGGCCAAGGUGGACGAGAACCACUCGGAGUUCACGCUGUACGAGUCGCGGCUGUUGGACAUC